GUGACUCAGCUCCCGAUUUGGAGAUGGAGGACUCGGGCUCCCCCUCCGAGCAGCCCCUGCAGAGGCAGGAGAAACCGAGAAACUCCGAGACGGACCUGGCCACGCAGAGCCUCGUGUCAUCUGAGCAGUGGCUUCAGCGUCACGGGCUUAAGAGCAACAAGUUGACCUUGAAGCAGAUUCUGUCACAGAUUGGAUUCCCCCAGUGCGAAGAUUAUGUGACUUCUCUGGGGAGACUUGUGACCUCUCGGUAUGCAGAGGGCCUGUUUCCACGAUUCUGCACAACCGAAGAUGGCAAGAUAUACAACCUGACAGCUAAAUCAGAACUGAUCUCUCCGUUCGUGGAAUAUCUGACACAAGCAGUGGAGAGCUACAAGCAGCGGAUGGAUUGGCUCACCAGCAAUAGCCGGCAGAUUUUUGGUGUCAUCUUGGAACAGUACAUCACCAUGGUGCUGGAUUUCAGUGACGUGCUGGAGGGGGAGCUUCAUUUGUGCCGGGACGCUUUGACAAUGGUCUUCCAAGAGCAAGUGGCUCAAGUGACCAAGUUCAAUAUCAUUUGGGUUUCUCAAGAGCCCAUGAAGUGGCAGGAAGACGCCUCUCCUGUGACUGAAGGAGCCAUAGCUGCUGCCGUCGGUUGGGUUGAAGAAAAGCUUUUUGAGCCAAAGAUUUUUGAAGAAAAGAUUUUUGAGGACAGCAGCUUGAAGGCCCUGCUGGAAGCUGCCAGUGACAAAACUAUUGAAUCCAUUUACUAUUUUGUGGUGGGGGAUGUUCCUGAAGAAAGCAAGGCGCUUCUCUCCCAAAGGGCUUCUGAGAUCCCGUGUCCCGUCUGCAUAGUGUCCUUCAACACCAGAGGAGCAGACACUGUAGCUUUCCUGAAGAGUCUGAGCGCCAACACUCAUGGCAGAUUCCAUGCAUUUGCCGAGAGAACAGUAUGUGUAGAAUUUCCUACUUUCCUCACAAAGGAUGGUGACAAUGUGAUUACUUGGAAUGCAAGGAAGCUGAAAGGAAAACUCCCCCCAGGGGCUGGAGUCCGAGAGGACGUGUUUCUCAUUUGGAGGGAGCUGGAGGAAGCCAGCAGCACACUGGCCCAGGUCCGAAGUCUGGUGGCCCAGACAGACUGCGAGUCAAGAACACCGCCUGUGGAGAAUGGGCCAAAUCCAGAAGACACCUGGGAUUCUAAGAAGUGGCUAGAGAAAUAUGGCUUGAAGGCCCAGAAGUUGUCAUUUUACGAUGUCCUUGCCGAAUGUUCCUUCCGCCAUGCCGACGGAGUUGUUGAUAUAAAAGCCAAACCAGAGAACGACUCUGUGCAAACCAGUGCGGAGUCCCAGAAGAAGACAGUCCAUGCAAAAUACUGCAGCAAGUUUUUACACUCUUCCUGGAAGGAUGGGAGCUUGGUCCACAUCAGCAUCACCAAGGAAAAGUGCAAGUGGUACAGUGAGAGAAUUCAUACAGCCCUGGGUGAGAUCCAGAGGAGGAUUAAAUGGCUACAGGAUAGGAGUCAAAACCUCUUUGGAAAAGUACAGAAAGAUUGCAUUUAUGUCCUUAUCGAUACAUCUCACUCAAUGAAGAACAAACUGGGCUUGGUGAAGAGAAAGAUCAUUCAGCUUAUACAGGAACAGCUGAAAUAUAAAAGUAAAUUCAAUUUUGUGACAUUUGAUGCCCGGGCAGUUUCUUGGCAGGAAAAACUUGCUGAAGUCAAUGAAGGUAAUUUGAAAAAGGCUCAGUCGUGGAUUAGAGACAUCCAGGUUGGAAGCUCUACAAAUACUCUUAAUGCCCUGAAAAUUGCUUUUGCUGACAAGGAAACAGAAGCAAUAUAUCUUUUGACAGACGGGAGGCCUGAUCAGCCAUCAAAAAUGGUGAUAGAUCAAGUUAAAGUUUAUCAGAAAAUUCCUAUUCAUACCAUCUCCUUCGGUUACAACGAUGAGCUUGCAGAUGUGUUUCUGAAAGAGCUUGCUUCUUUGACUGGAGGGGAAUUCCAUUCUUACCAUUUUGGCUGCAAGGACUCCACCCCUCAGGAGGUGGGUCAGAGUGAAGAUUUGAUUCUUUUGGUUCAGGAAAUGGAGCAAGGCUACAGUGACCUGCAGAAGGUGCAGAGCCUCUAUUCGAAGUCCUUGAACAUGGACUGGUGGUACAACACGGACAAGGGAGAAGACAGCAAGCAUCAAAAGGAAAUCUCUUCAAUGGUUUCAACCCCAGAGGAUUGUGCAAAGCCUCGGCCUGAUGUUGAAUCAGCAGUUUCCUCACCCCUAAAUAUGUUGAAAGUACAAUGGGACCUUCCAGAUGAAAACAUUCAGAAAAAGAAAGUCCUCCAUGCAGAGUCCACCAGAACUAGCCUGCUUAGAAGCCAAAUGUCUGCUCCCAAGAGCUCAGCUUGCAGCAAAAGAAAGGACGCGAAGGAUGGCCUCUCCAGAGGCUGGGGCAGCUGGAACGACGCUCUGAGCAGCAGAGGGAUGCACUUGCUGCCGGUGACUGAGGACCUGGAGGACAAGCUGUUGGGAAAGCCGAUGGGAGAAGGGAGCCCAGUGUCUAACCCCUCGAGGAUGUCCACGGCCGCGUGGCUCCAGACCCACAGCCUGGCGGCCAAGAAGCUGACCAUCAUGGACGCUCUGGCUGCGACUGCUGUGGCCCACAGCCCCACCUACGUCCCCGUUUUGGACAAGCAUGUCGUUUCCAGGGUCUUCGAUGAGGUGUUCCCGCUGGCCCACGUGUGCAGUGACACAAAUAAGAUGACGUUCAUUAACCCCCAAGGAGCCAAACUCAAUAUCUAUAAGCAAAAAGUGGAGCAGGCAAUCAAGUCCUACGAAAGGCGCUUGAAUAAAAUUGUUUGGCAAGCAUUAUCCCAAGAGGAAAAAGAAAAGCUAGAUGCGAUCAAGCCCAUACAGUACCUGGAAAACAAAGCAGCUUUAAACCAGGCAUUAGAACGGCUAAACUGGCCAAUUUCCUUGAAAGAACUAUCAAUGCUGGAGAACGAAAUCCUGGCCGGGAAAAUGUACAUUCAGCAGGCCAUGGAGCUCCAGGAGGCUGCCAAGAAGAACUGCAUGAACAAGGUUCUGGAAGAACAACAGAAAUUGCAAGGAAAUCCAACAAAGAAAAGCAAACCACAAAAAGUCGAUCCUCUCAAAGGCCACAAAGUCAUUGCAAGAUGUGACGAAAAUGGUUUUUAUUUUCCAGGGGUUGUGAAGAAGUGUCUGAGCUCUAGCCACGCACUGGUGGAAUUCAGGUAUGGAGACACCAAGGUUGUGCCUGUCUGCUUCAUCAUACCUGUUGGAGGUGCCAUGCCUUGCCCCCCGCUGCAGGUCGGGGAUUACGUGUUUGCCAAAAUCACGAUACCUGAAGGAUAUGACUUCUAUGUUCCUGCCAUUGUCAUAACACUUCCAAAACAGAAUUUGCCCUCAGAAAAAUUCUACACGGUUUUGAAGUGUAACAAUCGGAGAGAAUUUUGCCCCCGGAGUGCACUUAUUAAGAUCAGCCAAAACAAGUAUGUUCUCUCUUGCUCUCAUAUAAAGUCACCCCCAGUUCAGGACUCUCCAAAACUGGAGACUGAGGAGGCAAGGAGAUAUACUUUGUGUACAAUGAAAGAGGUUAACACUGAAGAUUUAAAAGAUGUAAGAUUGGAGAGCCUUAAAAAGAAGAGGAGGAAGCCUGCCAAGAGGCCACCGGCGCAGGGGCCAGCGACCUCGGACUCCGACAACUCUUCCCAUGACAGCAGGUCCCAGGAGUCUCGCCCCAGGACGCGCCCCAAGCCAAGGGUGGGGAACGGGGGCAACACAGUGCACCCCUAGAGCACCCUGAAAUCCCUUUCAAGAACAGUGAAGGUAAGCCGGGAGCCAGAGCUCACACCUGCAAUCCCAACUACUCGGGAGGCUGAGAUC